GAACACCCAACCCCGCCGCGGGAAGGCGCGGUACGCCUUGAGUCUGGCGCCUUAGACCACUCGGCCAUCCUGACACUGCGACCGUGAGUUUGUCUGGGACUUACUUAGCACUGUCAUCACUGCCAUACUCGUUUCUCUGUAUUCUUUGGCCCAUCACAGGGAGCCCGUCUGCACCCGGGAGGUGGCGGACAGUAGCCAGGGAACGGCCAGCUCGGCCCGGCCCGGCCGCGGAGCUCCGCCGCAGCGAGGAGGAGCCCGGCGUUACCCACAGGCCCCUGCCGCGCCGCCACUUCCGCCGCGACCAUUUUGUUCUUCAGCGGCGUCAAGGGUACGCUCUCGGCUCUCAUCAUGUUCCCGCUGGCCAGGGCCGCGCAGAGCCUCGUCGCUCGUGGCAUCCAGCACACUGCAGUCAGAGGGGCUCAUCGCAAGCACGAGCCCACCUUCCACGAUAAAUAUGGAACCAUGGUCCUCCUCGGGGGAGCCGCCAUGUUCACUGCUGUCUGGAGCUAUGUGUUCACAUCACUGAAUGUGGAGUGGGGCAUUUCACCUGUUGGCAGAGUCACUCCAAGUGAAUGGAGGGGGUAACAGCCUCUAAUGAACUGGUCUAGAGUUUCACUGAGAAAAUGGUCAUGUAGUGGCAUUUGUUCCCUGAUUACCACUUGGACAGUGGCGUUCCUGGUCUAAUAAACAUACUAGAAACCUG